UGAAUUUGGCAUUGUAUAUGAAUAUAGACACUUUGAAUUUUAAUAUUGCUUAAUGAAAACAUUUCAUUUAAUUUUUAUUCAAUAUAUUUUAUAGUUUAAAAAAAUGAUUGGUAUGCGAAUGAAUGCAUUUAACGAUACAGGACUUGGUGAACCAGAACAAGAUGCAAAUUCUGCUCUUAUAGAAUUAGAUAAAGGUUUACGGUCAACAAAAAUUGGUGAACAAUGUGAAGCCAUAGUGCGAUUUCCUAGAUUAUUCGAGAAAUAUCCUUUUCCAAUAUUGAUAAAUUCUUCUCUUUUAAAAUUAGCAGAAGUUUUUCGUACUGGCAGUAAUUUUUUACGUGUUUGGGUUCUCAGAGUAUGUCAACAAAGUGAAAAGCAUUUAGAUAAAAUUUUAAAUGUUGAUGAAUUUGUCAGACGUAUUUAUAGUGUGAUACAUUCUAAUGAUCCAGUUGCUAGAGCUUUGACUCUACGAACUUUAGGCAGUGUAGCUGGUAUUAUUCCAGAAAGACAACAAGUUCAUCAUAGUAUAAGAAGAUCAUUAGAUUCUCAUGAUUCAGUUGAAGUUGAAGCUGCAAUAUAUGCUGCACAAAUGUUUGCUGCACAAUCAAAAUUAUUUGCUGUUUCCAUGUGCAGUAAAAUAUCCGACAUGAUUAGAGGUCAAGCAACACCAGCAUCAAUGAAAUUACAACUUAUACCUAUUUUACAAUACAUGCAUCAUGAUACUUUUACAGCUUCAAUGGUAAAUGAAUUAUGUAUGGAACUUCUUGCUAGUUAUCCAGCAGUUGAAUUUGUCAGAGUUACAUUAAGUGCUUUAAGCACAUUAGCUUCUGCAACAUUAAUUGAUGUUCCACAACAAGUUGCACUUUUAUUACGUUAUCUACAAGAUGAUCCAAGAUUAACUAUUAAACGCCAUGCACUACAUUUAUUACAUUCUUUAGCAAGAAGAGGAGCUCAUUUAUGGCCGCAAGGUGCUCUUAAUAAUUUGAUAGAGAGUACUACAACACUCUUACAAGAUGGAGGGAAUAAAGAUCUUCUUAUUCGAACAUUAGAUGUAAUCGAGGUACUUAGUCAAAGUGCAGUAACAUGUGAUGCAAAUAGAGAAGAAGGAAAUCCUCUUUUAUCAUUAUGUGUAAAUGCUUGUUAUUCACCUGAUCCAUUUAUUGCAGUGAAAGCAAUUACUAUUUUAGCUAGAGUUGCAUGUUAUUGCUAUGAAGAAAAUUUACCAGCAUAUGGAAUACAAGACGUCGUAUCUUGUCUCGAAUCUCUAAUUGUACUUUUAGCUUUGGAUGAUAAGUAUUUACAUCAAUUGAAAGUUUGUUUACGUUCAACAGUAAAAUUAUGUCGGGCACAACCUAGCCAUUGUUCGAUAUUUGUCGAUGCUAUCGGUAGUACACUUUUCAAUGCUCAUGCAGAAGGCAGUCAAAAUGAGAAGCAAGCGCUUGCUUUAUGUGAAGCACUAGGUGCUAUAGGAAGUUUAGGAGAGAAUGCAUUACUUCCUCUUUUACCAGAUAUAUUAAUAAAGCUUAAACAGACUAUACAUGUACAUACAAAGGUAAUGUUAUGUACAUUACUUUUUCAAAUGGUAGCUGGAGGAUAUGAAUGGAAUCCAGAAUGUUUAGAAGCAGUAGAAGAAAUUAUUAAAAAUGUAGAUGGUUGGGCCAAAUAUCGAAUUGCACGUAGUGCUGCAAGAUAUGGUCAUCAUACAAUAGCAACUCAAAUAUUUAGAAGUUUAAAAGAAACAGUUGCAUCUGAACAAUUACAUUUUUGGUUGUCCGGUUUAGAAUUAGUUACAAAAGCUGAAAGUUAUCUUAUGGAGAAAACAGAAGAAGCGGAAAGCAAAGCAAGAGUUUAUACUGUAGAGAAAUUAAAUGGAGCUAUUGCGCGCUAUGCAAGUGCAUGCGCUUCAUUAAAAGCCGCUAGUACACCAUUACGAAGUUUACAAUUUGCUAGUGAAUAUUCAAAAUUGCGAUGUGAAUUUCUUCAAGCUAUUGUACAACUUUUACAUUCAUGCAGAUCUCUUUGUACAGCUCCACCACCUGCCAUUACAUGUACAGUAGUUCUAACUACAAAAGAUGACCUUCAACGAUAUGGACGUGUUACGAAUCAGUUGAGAAAAUCGGCUCAAGAACUCAAAAAUUGUGCAGAAAACUAUCAGAAACUCUAUCAAUCAGCUUUUGAUGCUGAUCCAGGUUCAUUGACGAACAUACGAGCAUUACAAGAAAUUUGUCGUUUAUUAGCGAAUAGUGUUGAACGUGUUUGUGGUGGUACAGGAAUUCAAACAUAUCAUCAAACCGAAGUAAAUUUUAAUUUUGGUGAUACAGUAGAAAUGCGUCAAUUGGCUCGUUGUUGUACUGAAUUACGUCGUUUAGCUCCAACUUAUAUAGGUGAAAAUAAAGCAGCGGCACUUAGUCAUUCAAGAAUAAACUGUUUAGUUUCGCAAGUGAUGUUAUUAGCUGGAACAAAAAUGAGAUUACCAAUACCUCGGUAUUAUUUUCAAGCUUUACAAGCGACUAGUGUGAAAUUAUCUGUUUCGCCACAACCUCGUGUUCUUGGUGAACCAGUAUCUGUACCUCAAGGCAGUCAAUUAGCUUUAAAAGUCGAAGGAGUGUUACGACAUGGUCGACGCGCUUCUCUUUAUCGUUCUGUUGCUGCUGUUUGCAUUUCUAUUUCUACUUCUCCUCCAUCGAAGAUAAAUUCAGAUCAAAAAGAUUCUAAUGUUAACGAAUUACAACAAACUGUCACACCACAUCGCGAUUUUUUUGCUUGUGAAUUUUUACUUUCAUUAGGAAGUCCAUGUACAACUGCUACAACAACAUGUGCGAGUAAUACCUCUAAUGUGAAUAAUAAUAUGAACAGUAGUGGUGGACAAUAUCAAGUCACAGCAAGCGCGAGUAUACUCGACAAAGAUGGCAAUGUGUGGAAAUGUGGACCACGUUCUACGCUUCAAGUUAGGGUUCACGAAGAGCCAGCCAAAAGAAAAUUACCAUAAAGAUAUGUUCAUGUAUUUUUUAUUAUAAAACAUUGUUAUAAAUAAUUAUUUUCAAAAGUAUUGUAUUCGAAAUAUAUAAUAAAAAA